AUGAUCUCUCUGGUAUUUCUCAGGAUCUGUGCAGCGGUGGAGAAGGUGGAGCAGCUGUGGCAGCAGGCCUUCUCUAAGGCCCGCCUCCAGCUGCAGGUGUUCCAGCUGCGAGAGGAUGCUCUACAGAUCACAGAGCAGAUCAAAACUCUUCUCCAGGAGAAACUCCAGCCCUACAAAAUAGAGAUUGCCAAGGAAGCUGCCGAGGCCGUGCUGCUGGUUUCCCGGUUCGAGGCUUCCAUUCACAGACCUGCUAUGGCUCUGGUCCGUUGUGCUGAAGAUGUGAUCCACACUGUGGAGGAGGUGCUGCUGCUGCUGGACGGGCAGAGCAGGGAGCGCUGGGUUAUGGAUGUGGAGCGGCUGAAGGACAAGCUCCACUCUGCGGUUCACUUCAUCCUGCAGACCCUGAGGGUGGUCUCCAGCUACCACCAUCACUACAGCAAGGCCAGCAACUGGUACCGUCUGGUUCUCAGCGAGAACUUCCUGCAGGCUCUGCUGUCAGGAGUUAACGGAGACAGCGGUUCCAUGCAGAGGAGGAACUAUGGCACCAUCCCUGCAUGGAGGUACAAGAUGUCCACCUUCCUGAAGAAGAACCCCCCUCCAGAUGUGGAGGAGCUGGUUCAUCUGGCACAUCUGUCCCUUGCCAUCCCAGAUGAUGACGUCCAGCAGGCAGGGAAGAAGAUGUCUCAGAGGUGCAUGACCCUAAGGAAGCUCCUCAUGUCUUCUGGCCCCGUGGCUGUGAGGCCGCUGCAGCGGGCCCUACAGUGGCAGUACGAGCUGUUGCGGAACAGCCAAUUUGCCCCCCCCCCUGAUGAUGGUGCUUCAAACAGAACAGCUAAAGAAGGUCAGGACCUCACUAAUGGUGUAAAGGAACAGAAAGCAGCCCAUCUUCCCCAGACUGUCUCUGCUUCAGCUGAGGGCAAACCCCCCUCCCUCAGUUCCUUCGACUCAGGCUUCGAUGGAGCUGGGGGAGGCCAGUUGGAGGCCUGGGGGGGGAGGGAAGGAGUGGAGAGUCUGUGCACAUCAACUGGGAUUAGGGACUCUGUGAGGCCCGCCUCGAGUCAGCCUCAAAUCCACGAGGAGAACAUCUCCAGUGUUUCCAAUACUGAAGACCUCAGAGAGCAGUAUGGCUCCUUGGGGAACUCAUCCAGGGCGAGCAUCCACAUCAUCCCUAAAGUCACCGUGGAUUCCCUCAACCUGGAGAUAAAAGUGAAGCGCUCAGCCGCCCUACCCACUAACCCCUGGCUCAGCUUGCCGGUGGACAAUCUGGAGAACUCGUACACGGUUACCAUCACGCAGAACCCGACGCCGCACAAGGGAGACCUUCAGUUGGAUGGCUCCGACCCCUGCAGGUGCCGGGACCAGCCCACACAGACGGACGUGUUGAGCCGCACACAGCCCACAAACUGGGCCCUGCACUCUCAGAGCAGCUUAGAGGACCCUGAACUGAGUCCCAUUCGCAAAGUCCUCUCCAGCACCAUCACAGAGGCCCUAGAGCGCUCCAUCCUCACCACAGAGGGGGGGCCCACUCUCCUCUGGGACUCCUAUGACCUCCAUGAGCAGGUUCAGGAUGCUGUGGAUGGUGUGAUGGAUAUCUCUCUGAAUGACUGGGAGGUGAAGGAGCAGGAGGGUCUGAGGGAAGUGGAGCAGAUCCUGGUCAGGGCGGAUGAAAUGCUGGAGAAAGAGGAGAACUUCCUAGCUCAGGAGGCGGUGCUGGAGGCCCUGCUGAGGGGCGAGGACAGGGACCAGUGGCCCCUGUGGGACAGCGAGUCCCAGCUCAGUGCGAUGUCCUCCAGUGAGCUGGCAGAGGCUGGUGUUCUGGGCCUCCAGGAUGACCUGGACCCUGCAGAGUCCGACCAACUCACUGAGCCCACAUCAGCUGGGUCUGCGGGUGGAGCUCAGGAUUCUGAAGAUGAGGGGCUCCACACUGAUUCAGCAGUUUUUCACAGCAGGCCGGACCUGCUGACGGAGUUAAGGAAAGUCCACAUCUUGGAUGAGCUGAUCAUGGAGGAGAACAUGAAGAUCCACAAGCUGCGGAGCUGCAUAGAAAGCCCAGAAGAGUCUGCGAGCAAACCUUCAAUCACAAACGAGACGAACAAAGAGAGGGAGGCUUUCAGGGUACAACUGGAGAAGGAGAAAAGGGAGGUGGAGAAGCUAGAGAAGAGCUUGGACAACGAGCAGAGAGUGAAGAAGCACAAGGACGGCGCUAAAAAGGUUGUAAAAUGUUCUAUUAUGGAGAAGGCUAGAAGUGAGGCCAAGGAGGACAAAGCACUCUGUGAUGAGCUCUUAUCAGGAGGUUGUAACGGAUCACUGAGAACUCAUCCUACAGCUUCAGUCCACACUGAUCCCCAGGGUCAGGAUUCCUGUGAGGCUGAACAUAUUCUGUUAGACCCCGAUGCUGCCAAAGAGGCUACCCCACAACACUUGGUUCAACUUCCUGAUUCGGAAUGUCAAGAGGAUAGCCCUGAAGCUGAGCCGUCAGUAUUUAAUAGACAUACUUUAAAUAAUACCUCUGAUUUAAAGGUACCUCAUGAAGAGUUGUGUAUCCAACCUCAGGGAUGUAUCUCCGAUAACGAACCAGACGGAUCAAGUGAAAAGGCUUCUCCAGCCUCUGAAAUAAAGCUAGAUUAUGGAUCAUUUGACCAAGGAGGAAAACGCUCCCAUCCUCCCAUGCCUAAGCCAAGGAAAGCUUCCCUUCCCAGCCUCCAACAUGAACCCCCCCACUCCUCAGAGCUGCAGAAUCCAGAGCUGCCCUCUGUUGAUCAAGAUCCUGGUCCUGUGCAACGUGAUUUGCAAGAUGAACCACAUGAUGCACUGCCAGAGAAUGUGACUGCAGCUGUCCUUCACAGCUUUGUUCUCAAUCCAAAUGUGAAGGAGCACACUAACAACAACAAUAACAACCAUGCACUCACUGAGGAAUGCAACAUUUCUUCUGGCACUGAAGAUGAAGGGAGUGCAUCAGUGGGAGCUGCAUGUUUGCUCCAGACAGGUUUGCAGCUAGCAGAGGAGGUGCUGGCUCUAUCUCCUGCAGCGGCGCCCUCGGCCCCCCAGCUGCCCCCUGCCCUGCCUCCGGAGGUUGAACCUGGAGGGAGAGCGGACUUCCUGGAUGCUGUUCAGAGCUCUGAAGCCAUGAGGGGACCAGGCUCAGGGAUUCAAGCCCAGCUCAACAUCACCAUGACACAGAUGACAUAUUUUAAGACCCCCAUAGUUCUGGAUACGGGCUCUGGUUUGAUGAAAGCAGGAUUUGCAGAUCAGGACCUCCCAAACAUUAUAUUCCCAACAAUCAUUGGGAUGCCAAAAUACGAG